AUGGCAGACAACCACACUCAGAAGAAAGCAGAUGGAUUCCUCAAGGUUACACGAAGAAUAGCUGUCGAUUUCUGGUUGAAUCUCACUACAUAUUUACUCAUUUAUGACAUCUUGUUUAUUUUCCAAGUGAGAAAUUCCCUAAUCCAUGCCCACAAAUUCUUACUCAAUUUGGCCUUGAUUGUACUAGAAUUAAUUAUGGUCCUUCCCUUUGCAUUAGUCAGAUUGAUUUACCAAAUAACAGCAACAAAAAAUAACACUAAACAAAUGGAUGUUAGAUUCAAUUCCAAUGGAAUAAUCAGGACAUACACUCUUCAUCGAGUUUUCUGGCGGUAUGAUCUGAAUCUCUUAUACAAUUUGGAAAUGCAAUCAUUUUCUAAACGGGGUGGAAUACACAUAUUCUUAGAAGUUAGCGAUCUGGAUAGGGACCGAGAACAAUUGUACGAUCAGGCUAUAGAACAAGUUAGACUAGAGGAAAUUCUGGAUGAUGAUCAUGAUCAAAUUCAAAUAUCACGAGAAUUGCUUGAUUUGCCCGAGCUGGCAAACGACGUUGAUCCGUUUAAUUUAAUAUAUCAAUCCAUGGAUGUUGGCAAUAUGCUUCAGAGACUUCGAUUUUACAACCCAUUUAGAAGACCAAGUCAGACAGAAGUUGCAGAAUAG